AUGGCUCCGCAGGACACCUUCUUCCGCUCGUCGGAGAUGAGCCUGACCCAGCUCUACAUUGCAAAUGAAAUCGGAAGAGAGGUCGUGAGUGCCCUGGGUGAGAUUGGCCAGGUCCAGUUCAGAGAUCUUAACCCCGAGACCAACGCUUUCCAACGGACGUUCACUAAGGAGAUUCGCCGCCUCGAUAAUGUCGAAAGACAGCUCCGCUACUUCCACUCGCAGAUGGAGAAGGCUUCCAUCCCCAUGAGAUCAUCUUCUGAAUUCUCGGACACUCUGGCUGCUCCUCUGGCUUCGGAAAUUGAUGAGCUGGCCGAGCGCAGCGAGAGCCUCGAACAGCGGAUUGCCUCUCUCAAUGACAGUUAUGAGACUUUGAAGAAGCGUGAGGUUGAGCUUAGCGAGUGGCGCUGGGUUCUUCGAGAGGCGGGCGGAUUCUUCGAUCGGGCUCACACCCACACCGAAGACAUCCGUCAAUCCUUCGAUAAUGACGAGGCGCCCCUUCUUCGCGACGUCGAGCAGCAUGCCCCCGCCGGCACAACUGGGGACACUCAGGGCCAGCAAAGCUUCUCGGAGAUGAACAUUGGCUUUGUUGCCGGUGUCAUUCCCCGGGACCGCAUCGGAGCCUUUGAACGCAUCCUCUGGCGAACGCUGCGCGGCAAUCUCUACAUGAAUCAAUCGGAGAUCCCCGAGGUUAUCAUCGACCCUACCAACAACGAGGAAAUCCACAAGAACGUGUUUGUGAUUUUCGCGCACGGCAAGAACAUUCUCGCCAAGAUUCGCAAGAUCUCGGAGUCGCUGGGUGCUUCCUUGUACGGAGUGGACGAGAACAGCGAGCUGAGACGGGAUCAGAUCCACGAGGUCAACACACGAUUGGGUGAUGUGGGCAAUGUGCUGCGCAAUACCAAGAAUACUCUGGAUGCGGAACUCUCGCAGAUCGCCCGUUCUCUCGCGGCCUGGAUGAUCAUUGUCAAGAAAGAGAAGGCUGUUUACGAUACGCUGAACAGGUUCUCUUAUGACCAGGCACGCAAGACGUUGAUCGCGGAGGCGUGGUGCCCCACGAAUUCCCUCUCUCUCAUCAAAUCGACCUUGCAGGAUGUCAACGAUCGAGCCGGUCUCUCUGUGCCUACUAUCGUCAACCAGAUCCGGACCAAUAAAACCCCACCCACCUACGUUCGGACUAACAAGUUCACGGAAGCGUUCCAGACUAUCAUCAAUUCCUAUGGUAUUCCGAAGUAUAUGGAGGUCAACCCUGGCUUGUACACAAUCGUCACCUUCCCCUUCUUGUUCGCUGUCAUGUUCGGCGAUGUUGGUCACGGUUCCAUUAUGGCUAUGGCGGCAUCUGCAAUGAUCUUCUGGGAAAAGAAGCUGCAUCGCACUAAGCUUGACGAGCUGACAUACAUGGCUUUCUAUGGCCGUUACAUCAUGCUUCUGAUGGGUCUCUUCUCCAUCUACACUGGUAUCAUCUACAACGAUAUUUUCUCCAAAGCUUUCACCAUCUUCCCCAGUCAAUGGCAGUGGCCCGAAGACAUCAAGGCUGGCCAGUCUGUCGAGGCCACACUGAAAGACGGCUAUCGUUUCCCCAUUGGAUUGGAUUGGAAUUGGCACGAGGCGGAGAACUCCUUGCUCUUCUCCAACAGUAUGAAGAUGAAGAUGAGUAUCCUGCUCGGCUGGUCCCACAUGACUUACGCACUGGUCCACCAGCUCGUUAACGCACGGCACUUCAAGUCCAAGGUCGACAUCUUUGGCAACUUCAUCCCCGGAAUGCUGUUCUUCCAGUCUAUCUUCGGCUAUCUGGCCCUCACUAUUUUGUAUAAGUGGAUCGUGAACUGGCCGGCCCGCGGUGAGGACCCUCCAAGUCUGCUGAACAUGCUUAUUUUCAUGUUCUUGAGCCCGGGCAACAUCCAGGAGAAACUAUACUCCCACCAGGGCACUGUUCAGGUCCUGCUGCUCCUCAUCGCGGUCACCCAGGUCCCCAUCAUGCUCUUCCUCAAGCCCUUCUGGCUGCGUUAUGAGCACAACCGUGCCCGCGCCCUGGGUUACCGGGGCCUAGGCGAGCAGUCCCGUGUCAGUGCUUUGGAGGAUGACGGGGACCUGAACGGCGGGUUGGGUGCUCGCGACAGCAUGGCCAGUGAUGGCGAGGGCGUCGCCAUGCUUGCUCAGGACAUCAACGAGGGUGAGGAGCACGAGGAGUUCGACUUCAGCGAUGUCAUGAUCCAUCAAAUCAUCCACACCAUCGAGUUCUGCUUGAACUGUAUCUCGCACACCGCUUCCUACCUCCGUCUUUGGGCGCUGUCUCUGGCUCACCAGCAGCUUUCCAUCGUCCUUUGGGAUAUGACAAUCGGUACCGCCUUCGGACAGGAGAACCACAUCGUCCGUGUGAUUAUGAUUGUGAUCUGUACCUAUAUGUUCCUGGUUUUGAGCGUUGCGGUGCUCGUGACUAUGGAAGGAGUAUCAGCCAUGCUUCACUCGCUUCGUCUACACUGGGUGGAGGCGAUGAGCAAGCAUUUCAUGGGCGAGGGUAUUCCCUUCUUGCCGUUCAGCUUCAAGACCCUCCUGGAGGAAGAUCCUGUGGACUAG